GCGCUGCUCCUCGCUCCACGAUGCUCCUCGGACCAUAAACACUCCGCUCACCUGCUCCAGAGGAGAGAGGAGGCACAGACACGGACUUGCUUUGUGCUUUUUUGGCUCUCCCCUCAGGAGACAGAGAGAGAGAAUAAAGAAGGAGAGAGCGAGAAAAGCGACCCAGAGGAGGCAAAGGCAGAGGGGAUUGUGGAAUAGACCAAAGCCGUCCUCACCAUUUAAGAGGAUUGCGUUGCUCUGCUACUAACGCCGCUUUCGUUGCAGACGGCCAACCGUCACGAUGUCCUCGUGUGGGAAGGAAAACAGCGCUGCCCUGCACGCCAGUUACGUGGGACCGUACCGUUUGGAGAAGACCCUCGGGAAAGGGCAGACAGGUUUGGUGAAGCUCGGGGUGCACUGUGUCACAUGUCAGAAAGUCGCCAUAAAGAUUGUCAACCGGGAGAAACUCAGCGAAUCUGUUUUAAUGAAGGUGGAGAGAGAAAUCGCUAUUCUCAAGCUAAUAGAACACCCACACGUUUUAAAGUUGCACGAUGUCUACGAAAAUAAGAAGUAUUUGUAUUUGGUUUUAGAGCAUGUGUCUGGGGGAGAGUUGUUUGACUAUCUGGUGAAAAAAGGGAGGUUAACACCCAAAGAGGCGCGCAAGUUCUUCAGACAGAUCAUCUCUGCUCUUGAUUUCUGCCAGAGUCACUCCAUAUGCCACAGGGACCUGAAGCCUGAGAACCUGCUGCUAGAUGAAAAGAACAACAUUAGGAUAGCAGACUUCGGCAUGGCCUCUCUGCAGGUGGGGGACAGCCUCUUGGAGACCAGCUGUGGGUCACCUCAUUACGCCUGUCCUGAAGUCAUCCGGGGGGAGAAAUACGAUGGGAGAAAAGCAGAUGUAUGGAGCUGUGGGGUCAUUCUGUUUGCUCUCUUGGUGGGAGCCCUGCCAUUUGAUGACGAUAAUUUACGGAACUUGUUAGAAAAAGUGAAGCUGGGAGUGUUUCACAUGCCGCACUUCAUUCCACCAGACUGCCAGAACCUUCUACGAGGGAUGAUAGAGGUGGACGCUAGCAAACGACUAACGUUAGAACAGAUCCAGAAGCACACGUGGUACAUUGGGGGGAAGAACGAACCGGAACCCGAGCAGCCUGUGCCGAGGAAGGUGGCCAUCAGAAGCCUGCCAUCGGCCGACGACAUCGACCCCGACGUGCUGGAGAGCAUGCACUCGCUUGGCUGCUUCCGGGACAAGAACAAGCUGAUGAAGGACCUGUUGUCGGAUGAUGACAACCAGGAGAAGAUGAUCUAUUUCCUCCUGCUGGACCGGAAAGAGAGGUACCCCAGCCAUGAAGACCAAAACCUCCCCCCACGCAAUGACAUAGAUCCCCCAAGAAAGCGAGUAGACUCCCCCAUGUUGAACCGACAUGGCAAGAGGAGGCCGGAGCGUAAGUCCAUGGAGGUGCUGAGCGUGACGGAUGGAGGAUCACCUGUGCCAGCACGACGAGCCAUCGACAUGACACAGCACGGACAGAGAUCACGCUCAAUCAGCGGAGCUUCAUCGGGUCUCUCCACCAGCCCGCUCAGUAGUCCACGGGUGACCCCCCACCCCUCCCCCAGGGGCAGUCCUCUCCCCACCCCCAAAGGGACGCCCGUCCACACGCCCAAGGAGAGCCCAGCAGGCACCCCGACCCCAACGCCCCCUCCCAGCCCCUCCAUCGGGGGCAUGCCCUGGAGGACACGCCUCAACUCCAUCAAAAACAGCUUCUUGGGCUCGCCGCGCUUCCACCGCAGGAAACUGCAAGUUCCGACCCAAGAGGAGAUGUCCAGCCUCACACCAGAGUCUUCCCCAGAACUUGCCAAAAAGUCAUGGUUUGGUAACUUUAUCAACCUGGAGAAAGAGGAGCAGAUCUUCGUGGUGAUUAAGGACAAGCCUCUGAGCUCCAUUAAAGCCGACAUAGUGCAAGCCUUUCUGUCGAUUCCAAGUCUCAGUCACAGUGUGAUUUCUCAGACGAGUUUUCGGGCGGAGUAUAAGUCCACAGCGGGCCCCACUGUCUUCCAGAAGCCUGUGAAGUUCCAGGUGGACAUCACCUACACAGAGAGCAGCACAGCCACCAAGGAGAAUGGCAUCUACUCCGUCACCUUCACCCUGCUCUCAGGUCCAAGCCGGCGCUUUAAGCGAGUGGUGGAGACAAUCCAGACACAGUUGUUAAGCACACAUGACCAACCAGGGGUCCAGCAGCUGGCUGGAAUUAUCCAGAAAAGCUAUUAACACCCCCGCUCCCCUGCUCCACCUGCGCCCGCACUGACCCACACUCGUUGACAGAGGGCGCUGUUCGACGCGAGCCAAUUUCCGAGGAAACCAGACGCUUCAUCCUUCCUCACCUUCCCUCUCUCCAAAUGCCUCCGUGCUGCUUCUUGAGGAAAACACACGCUCACAUGAUCACACGCUCUCCUCUCCUACCUGUCCACCCUUUCCUCGUCCGAACUUAGACACACAAGCGUGUACUCACAAGGAACUGUGCGAUACGCCUUCACCCUGCUGAACCACAUAACACACACAUACACAGACACACACAUGGACGUGCACAACUCUGGGAUUUACUCAAAAAGAAAAAAAAGAGAAAUGGGGAGAAAAGACAUACGGAUUGUCCCAAGGGGAUGGAAACUCUUCACAGAUUGUAUUGUGCCCUUUUUUUCCCUUUCAAUGUUGACUUUCUUUUCAAUGAGCUGGGUUCGUUCAAUCUAAAAGCACUGCUGCAAAGGACUGAAAUGCUUAUUCCAGUAGGGGUGGGGUGGGUGGGGGGGUAAUAUUAAGAGGAAUGAUGUAGAGGUUAAUGAGAUUAUACUAAUGAAUGAUUUGUUCUGUUGUACAGACCAAUACACUUCUUAUGUAUAACAAAAUGUCUAGAUGUAAUACUAAUGUUUAGUUCUGUUGUAGAUUCAGAUUCAAUCUUGUGCUGCCACAUGACAUUUUUCCUUGUAUUUUAUUGUUCAUUUAUGAAACGUUUUGUUUCACUUGACCUUAUUUCAGAGUAGCCGUUACACUGAAGCUAGAGCUCCAUGAUCAUUCCGCCUGUUUUAUGGUUCAUAUCUCAUGUUGAUUACCAGCAGUAGAACACGGAGGACAGAGGUGUUUAAUACAUACGUGGAUAUUUUUGUAUUUUCUUCCUUAUUUAUUCAU